AUGUUUCGGCAGCUCCCGAGGCUGGCCCCUCGCGCCGGUGCGGCUCGUCCGACACAGCUUCGAUCCCUCGCCGUCACAUCACAUUGUCUCCCUCAGCCCGUCUCAUUCGGGGCCCGUCCUCGCACCUUCCACACGCGCUCGCGGCUAAGCGUCCAAGCCACCACCCCACCAUCCGCCGAAGCUGCGACCCCGACCUCUUCCACCAGCACCGGCUCGACCUCGUACACGGAUGGUGGCCCAACUCUCCCCGGCGUGUCCACGGACACAAAGUCCCGUUCGGUUUACAUCACCUGGGCUUCGGGCAUCACGUCCAAGUUCCAUACCCUCUGGCUGCGCGAUCACUGUCGUUGCCCCUCAUGCUACCACCCAACCACAAAGCAACGCCUGCUAAACACCUUUGAGGUCAAUCCCGAGUCCGAACCGUUGCAUACGGAGUCCACGACCGAAGGGCUACUGGUACACUGGCCGCUGCUCCCAUCGGAGCGAGGUGAGGGGGUGGGGGAGGGGGAGUUUCACGCAAGUGUUUACCCAUGGCGCUGGCUGAUGCGCAACUCGUACGCGCCCGUCCUCAGUCCUGCCGAGGAGACGGGUAAGACGCUGGACAAGGUGUUGUGGGGCAAAGGCAUCGGCUCCUCUCCACCGACGGUCAAAUAUGACGACGUGAUGGGCAGCGACGAAGGAGUCUUGCGGUGGCUCACCAAGGUCGCUCAGUACGGCUUUGCGUUUGUCUCUGGCGUCCCACCGACUCCCACGGACACAGAGGCGUUGGUGAGGAGGAUCGCCUUCAUCCGAGAAACCCACUACGGCGGGUUUUGGGACUUCACUUCCGACCUAGCGCACGGGGAUACAGCCUACACAGACCUCGCACUGCAAGCCCACACAGAUACGACCUACUUCACCGACCCUGCUGGUCUGCAGCUCUUCCACCUGCUCAGCCAUACCGCCUCCAAAACGGCCUCCUCUUCCGCCACAAAGGGACCCAGUGGCGGCUCAUCCCUCCUCAUCGACGGCUUCCUCGCCGCUGCCGUGCUCAAAGACGUCCAUCCCUCUGCCUAUCAAACUCUGUCCACCGUUCGCAUCCGUACGCACUCGGCCGGCGAUCCACACACCAUGAUCCGUCCCCUCCUAGACUCCGGCUACCCCAUCCUGGAUCACGACCCCACAACGGGAGAACUCACCAUGGUGAGGUACAACAAUGACGAUCGCUCCGUCCUCCGCGUCUCUGACGACGAGGUGGAACCGUUCUACGACGCUUUGCGCAAAUGGCACGAGAUCCUCACCAACCCCGAAGGCGAGUAUUGGGUCCAACUCAAACCGGGGACUGCGAUGAUCUUUGACAACCACCGCGUGCUGCAUGGCCGAAGUGCGUUUGUCGGCAAUCGCAGGUUGUGCGGGGCGUAUGUGAAUCACGAUGAUUAUCGGUCGAGAUUGAGCGUGCUCCGCGCACAGGAGGCAGAGGGGCGCAGUGAGAGAGGCGUCUGGGAUGACGGCCUCUGA